CCGUGCACAAAGGGAAUGUAACCAUUUCAACUACGCAGAUGUAACUGUUGUAGCACUACUGGUUUUUAUAGCGAGGAUUUAACAUCCUGCCUGGUGAAGAGAAGGUUGUGUGGAGACCUCAUGUCAACCUUCCAGUAUCUGAAGGGAGCCUACAGGGAAGCUGGAGAGGGACCCUUCAUCAGGAUUUGCAGUGACAGGACAAGGAGUAAUGGACAGCCAGGACACAGCUUGGACCUAACAGGCCAAUUAAUAUAAACAACCAUCACCAGAACCCAACUGAGAACACGCUCUCAGUAAAGAAUCGCCAUAACACAUUCCACAUGUGCAAAAACAACAGGAGCAGAGAAUAGAGGAGCUCGGGGCACUCGGCAUGAAAAGAACCUGAGUGACAUCCACAGCUCCAGUGCAGACCGGGCAGCUCCUGACACAAGGCACCGUGCUUGGAAGAAAGUCACUCCUUCAUUUAGGAAGAUUUCAGAUGCUUCACGCUUGAUUUGCUUUUUUUUUUUAGCCAGCACAAUGAAGGAAAUGUCCUGCUUCUGCUUGGCUUUUUCUUCCUUGUUGGAACAGAUGGUGAAGGCUUACAAAUACGUGACUGGUAUUUUUUCAGUGACUCAUAGCUCAGAGCCACAGGUUUCAGAAGGUGAUAAGAAGCUCACCAGGAUGGAUGUAAGCAUACUUGAGGAGCAGUAUGACCAUAUAAAGCAGAAGCAAAAACUGCAACCACAUAUUAUUGUAUAUAAAACAGGUGGACAUGAAUCUGUUCUGCCAGAAUCAAUGAUCAACCCUGUUCUAAUUAAUAAGAAAGUUAAAAGGUCGAAGUCAUGUAGAGGAGACGUCCCAGCCAGAAAGGUCACACUGGAGACAACCAACGGUGGCGACUCAGAAGAGGAUUUGCUGUGGCGCGUCCACCUGGGAAGGCACCGCCUGGGGCAGGCCCUGGGACAAGGAGAUUCCUGGGAUCAUUCCCACUGCAACAGCACACCGUGGGGUUUUGACAACCAGAGACUGAUUUCAAAGGGAAAUGGCACACCGCAGACCAAGGAACAUGAAGGAGCAAGUGAACUGUCUGAGCUCAGGCAGCUGGGAAGCUCAAGCGUGUUGAACAGUCUCAGCAAAGAGAAUGGUUCCAACAUUUCCAGCUCCUGCCAAAAAUCACCACUGAAAUCACCCACUGCAGCACUUUGGGCACACCAGCAGAUUUCUGCUACAAAAUGCAUGCCAGCCUGCAACAAACUGAACUUUUACCCUUUCCCAAAUAGGAAAGGGCCCAGAAUUUCUGAAGCUGCAAGGAGGCUUGGGUUGUAUGUCUCACAAUGAGGACAUUCAGCAAUACCUAAAACUUAGUCAACAACUUGACUAAAACUUAAAAUAGUAAAGUAGUCCUUCUAGUUACACAGAUCAAACUGAGAGUUUAAUACUAUCAUUAGCCACAGAA